CGUACCUCUCUCUCUCACGGCUCUCUCAUGACAGACUCGCCGACUCGAGGUAGAAGUCUCAACUGUCGCCUGUGUAUGUGAACCCCCUAACGAUCCACGUUCCCGUAGGAUCAAUGUUGUUGCUCCGCCUCAAGGCACACCCAUCCAUCCAUGAUCCAUCACAUCGUAUGGCCCCGAUGAGCCCGAGCCAUGAUGGGCUCCCACUCUCCUUGGACAAAUUCAUUUCAAAAGGGGACUUCCCUCCAACUUGCAGUGGAGUCCCUGACGUAUCGUCCAACAUUGAUCAGUCAAUGUCAGCAGUGGCCAUGCCCACAGCAAAAAAUUGGGGUGUUUCGAGCAUCCAUCCCCCUUCUUGCAAUGCCAAUUUUAGAAGGAAGGACACCUUCUCUUUCUGCAUAUCGAUUCCCAUUUCCUCGACGUUUUCUUUCUCCCGUUGUUCUUCGGCUACUCACUUAGGCACACUCCUUUCAUCUCCGUGGUUGGAUAUUUCUAUCACCAUAUAUCGUUGAAUUCAUUCUUGGCGACGCACGCGUCUAAGUGGGAUACACGAGCCGAGCUUGGCAUCAAACAGGGUCCAGUCCAUCUGUUAUUCCCGUCUCGUCUUUGUCUUGGUAUUCCUAGUUUUGGGUUAAGCUGCCAAGAUGCAUUCAUUACUUCGAGCAACUACUGCGGUACUUGGCUGGGCAGCAGCUGUCAAUGCCUACGACGUAACAUGGGAUGACAAUAAAUCUAUCGAGAAGGCUGCCGGCCAGGCAGCUUAUGGCUUGGUAAAAUACUACACAGGAAACAACACCGGCGAUACACCAGGAAACUUGCCAGAUCCUUACUACUGUAAGGCUCCCAUGCCAAUCGAGCCCUAAGCAUUUAUUGACCAUUAACAGGGUGGGAGGCUGGCGCGAUGUUUGGUACUCUUGUUGAUUAUUGGUGGCUCACCGGUGACGACUCUUAUAACAACAUCACAAAACAAGCCAUGAUCCAUCAAGCCGGUACAGAAGGCGAUUACAUGCCCGAUAACCAGACAAUGACUGAAGGAAACGACGACCAGGGCUUCUGGGCAAUGGCUGCAAUGUCAGCAGCUGAGCAUCAGUUCCCAGAUCCUCCUGAGGACACACCCGGAUGGCUCGCUCAGGUUCAAGCUGUGUUCAAUGAGUACGUUAGUCGCUGGGACGCAGACUACUGCGACGGUGGUAUGCGUUGGCAGAUCUUUAAGUGGAAUACUGGUUACGACUACAAGAACGCUAUCUCCAAUGGCUGCUUUUUCAAUGUCGCUUCUCGGUUAGCGCUGUAUACUGGUAACGACACUUAUUCGGACUGGGCUGAGAAGUUGUGGAAGUGGCAUGAGGAUUCUGGCAUCAUCACCGACAAGUUUGCAGUUCAGGACGGUGUUCACAUUAGCGAUGCCAAAGGAAAGAAAUGUACCGAUAUCGACAAGACACAGUGGUCCUACAACACAGGCAUCUUCCUUCACGGCGCCGCGGUCAUGUACAACCUCACCUCGAGCGACAGCUGGAAGAAGAGAGCGGACGGUCUCCUCGACGAUGUUUUCAACAAAUUUGUCAAAGAUGAGAUCAUCUACGAGCAGUUUUGCGAACCUCACAAACAGUGCAGUCAGGACCAACAGAGCUUUAAGGGAUAUCUUGCACGUUGGCUGGCAGCCACGACGCAGCUUUAUUCGUCUACAAACGACAAGAUCAUGGAGCUCAUCAAGACAAGUGCACAGGCCGCCGCUAAGAUCUGCACAGGCUCACCCACAGAGGGUUACAAGGGGCCUGCAGGCACAGCAUGCGGCUUCUCUUGGACGACGGGUAGCUUUGAUGGUUCUGUUGGAGUUGGUCCCCAGAUGAACGCCCUCUCGAUCAUCAUGUACACGCUAGUGGAGAGUGCCAAGGGGCCUGUCACCUCUAAAACCGGCGGAACAUCCAAAGGAAACCCGGGCGGUGGAAAUACGGACAUUAACGACAAUGAUGGAACCCCUCCAAUGAAGGACAUCACGACGGCUGAUAAGGCUGGCGCAGGUAUUCUGACGUUCCUUUUCCUUGCCGGUGUCAUCGGGGGUGUUUCAUUCUUGGUCAUCGACUUUUAGACCUCAAAUUUCUAUAAUAGGGCUUGGCGUUGAGAGGUGCUAUCUGUUAUAUUUAUUGUCUUGCGGCGUUGAGAAGUUGCUAGUUUGGAUAGUUUGGACUUUACUUGGCCUCAGACUUCUAAGUCAGGCUACAGAAUUAUAAUUACAAAUCUUAUUGAUUACGUUGCCAACGUUUAAGGACUCGCGACGAUCCAUUUAUGAGUUUUCAUAUACCCAUCUGUUGCUUGG